UACUCCGGGUCCUUCGUUAAGGUGAACAAAGAUGGCGGCGUCCGUGCUGUGCAGGAGGACGGCAAUGUUAUGCAGGACUUUAAAUGGGAUUUCAUGCUCAAAAGCUGUACUUUGUGCGCAGCCUCGAGGCGGGUUCGUACUACAGACAGCCUCCUAUAACCCCAGACCCUUAAAGCGGAGCCUCAAGGAGCCCUACAUCCCGGACAAGGACGAUGAGAAGACGCCGGUGUGGCAGAAGACGGCCCGCUACGACAGGAAGCUGUUCGGCCGGUACGGCUCGGCGUCCGGCAUCGACCCUGCCUCGCUGUGGCCGAGCCAUGAGGAGCUGGACGCGAUCAUCGCGGAGGAGAAGGAGUGGAACCCUUCAUUAGACGUGAUGCGGAAGAACAUCGCGGCCAAGGAGAAGGAGGAAGCCAAAAUACGGCUGGCUAAAGAGAAACUCAUAGCAGCGAACAUGGCCAAGAUGCCCAAGAUGAUCGCUGACUGGCGCAAGGAAAAGCGCGAAGCCAAGAUCAAGAUGAACGAAGAGAAAGCUCGCCGUGCAAGGUUGCUGGCGGUGGCCAGGGAUCAUUUUGGCUUCACGGUGGACCCGCGCAGCCGCAAGUUCUUGGACAUGGUUGCUGAGAUAGAAAAGGAAGAGAAGAAGAAUAAAAAACUAGUGAAACGCAGACUGAAAGAGGAGCAGGCGGCACCCUCUGUCACACCUCCUGCUGCCUCCUCGUAGUGUUGGCCUGAGUCAUUUUAGUCAUUUCAGACAUUAAUAACUGCCGGGCCAUAGUCUGCACAAUAUCAUUCAGUGUUAUCUCUAAUAACCUGGAUUAAAGAAGACCCAAUCCAUGUUUUUUUUUCUCUUGUAAAAUAAAAAAAAGACGAAGCAUGUUCAUUUUUUCAUUACCUCUUUAUGUAUUUAGCUGUCACUGAAAUAAAAUCAUUUCUGUACAAACUAAAUGUUGUCUAAAAUAUUAUUACAAGGUGAAAACCUGCUCAUUUUAGCACAAUUUAAUAUAAAGCCUGAACCCUGAAAUAAUUGCCAGGAAAUUCAAUUUUUUUUAAACUGGAGUGUUUAUUGAACCGGCUGACAAAUAAAUAAAUGUCAAUUUACAUGUAUGGA